UUCGGUGCGUCUCGGUCCGCCCGCAGCAGUCUCCUUCCCGGCGAGGUUUCACUACAGAGAUGGCUGCGAAAGUGUGCAGAUCAGUACUCCUGUUGUCCCGGAGCAGCGGAGCGGUGGCCGGCAGCCUCCCCGCACUUGUUGUCUCUUCACAGCGACAUCAUCAGCACAUAAGACCGCAGGAGGUACUGUCUGCUCCUUUCACCCGUCAGACUGUCAGGAAAGCACAUGGCCUUCGGUCUGCAGCCCACUCCACACUCUUCACCCAGUCUCCCACUGCCCUGUCUCCACAGGUUUGGAGGGGCGCCCCCUCAUGGCAUGGCCAGAGACUGUUGUGUUCCUCCGCUGCUCCAGAAGAGGUGACAGUGGUGUAUCAGAACGGGCUGCCGGUGAUCUCAGUCAGUUUGCCGUCCAGGCGAGAGCGCUGUCAGUUCACCCUCAAGCCUCUCAGCGACUGUGUGGGAGUUUUCCUGCAACAGCUCCAGGCAGAGGACAGAGGCAUCGACCGGGUAGCCAUCUACUCCACGGAUGGAGCGAGGGUCGCCUCCUCCACAGGCAUAGACAUCCUGCUGCUGGACGAUUUUAAGCUCGUCAUUAAUGACACCACACACCUCGUGCGGCCUCCGAGGAGAGAGCUGCUGCCCCAUGAGGAGGCAGAAAGGUUGAAUGACGUCAAGUUCCUGGUGCAGCAGCUCUACACCACCCUGCGCAUCGAGGAGCACCAACUUAGCAAAGAACGAGAGCUGAUUGGACGACUGGAGGACCUCAACACUCAACUCCGCCCUUUAGAGAAGGUGAAGGAGGAGCUGAACAAGAAGGCAGAGCGGCGUACCACCUGGGUGCUGUGGGGUGGCAUGGCAUACAUGGCCACCCAGUUUGGCAUCCUGGCUAGGCUCACCUGGUGGGAGUACUCCUGGGAUAUCAUGGAACCCGUCACCUACUUUAUAACUUAUGGCACGGCCAUGGCCAUGUACGCCUACUUUGUGCUUACACGCCAGGAGUAUGUUUAUCCCGACGCUAGAGACAGACAGUAUCUGCUGUUCUUCCACAAGGGGGUGAAAAGGACACGUUUCGACAUUGAGAAGUACAACAAGCUGAAGGAUGAUAUCGCUGAGGUGGAGUUGGAUCUGAAGCGUCUUCGGGACCCGCUCCAGCUCCAGCUCCCAGUUCAGCAGCUCACCGCCAGUAAAAAUUGAUGGGAAGAGUGACUCCCUCCUCUCUCAGCUCCUGCAACCUCCUGUUCCUCUUUCCUCUUCCGUCCAACACCCUUCUCCGUUCCCUUUUACCCCCAACUCCUCCCUACCCCAUCCCUCCCACACCCAAUAAUCCCAUCCCUUUCUCGACUGUGGGAGUUAGUUUUUUCUCCUUUUUUUUUUCUUUUUCUUUUUCUUUUUACUUUCCUGACUGAAAACUCCAGUUGGAAUUGCAAGUGAAAACCGCUAAAGACGAAGAAGGAUGGCGAGAGUACCGGGAACUGAAAAACUCUCACAGCCCAAGGAUGGUGAGGAUGAUGAAAAGGACAAUGAUGAUGACGAUGGAAUAAAACUGGGCACUAUGGAUAUGCCUCAAGUCUCCAGAGGGACAGCUUGCAGGGAACUCACACCUCUAGACACUCCAGAACAGCGGACAUGCAGAGAGGCAGUCAUUGUUUUGUGUGUGUGUGUGUGUGUGUGUGUGUGUGUGUGUGUGUGUGUGUGUGUGUGUGUGUCUAUGUGUGGGACUUUCAGGGUACACUGGGACACCGACCCUGGCCACUCUGUGGGUGUAGCAGUGUAGUCCUGCUUCCUCUAGCAGUCAAACUGUCAACACACACACCUACUCUUGGUUGGGGCAGGCUCCAGGGAGAGUCUCUAUCCCACACGCUAAAGUUUACAAGGAAGUCCAGACUGCAGUCGCACCAUCAUGGGGACCCUCACCUUCCUGUGGCUGAACUCUGCUGCCUCUCCCUCCCUUGGGCCACGCCUCCUCCAGGUGACGGACAGCUGUCCCUCCCAGUGUGACCUUUGUCAGGAGCCUGUCUCGACUCGCAGGAUAUAGGCAUGACGACGCCUCGUUUCCUCUUCCUGUUGACGUCCUGUAGCGGCCCAGUCUGCGCAAGUAUGAGAGUACUACCGACAACAACAUCACUGUGUGUUCUUUUACUCCAAAAAAAAUAUUUUGGCACUUUUUAUUUUGAAAGCCAUAGUAUAUUUGUUAUGAAAAAGAAUAUAAAUAUAUAUAUGUAUACAAUCAAAUAAACAGAUGACCAGAGGCUAGUUUUUUUCAGUGGGGGGAGGAGCUCUCAAACACAUCAUUUCAUCAGAAACUCAUUCACAUCCUCUGAAGAUCUCCCGCCAUGAAGGACCCCUGCUAACAGUCGCACACACACACACACACACACACACACACACAAACACACAGCAUUAUAAUGUAUGCAUUUACUACCUUGAAGUAACUAUUUCAUAUCUUGUCAUGACAAACACACACAAUGUUCUUCACAGUAACUACAUCCAGGUUGGAUGUAAGGCUCCUGUGCAUGGCCACCAAAGGGUGUUACAGCCAAAUCAGGGUGAAAUUGGCUUUGAUUGGAAUUGAUUUUGAGCAACGCAGAAUAUCGAUGUGGAUAAUGCCACGCUUAACCUCUAUAAUCAUCUCAUGAAUACAGAAGGAAAUGCUGCAGAAAUGCGUAACAUAAUCAAGGGGUUAAAAUGUGCAGUGACCAUUGCCUCAGCCAAACCCACAGGCAUGUUCUAGUUUAAUGUAUCUGAUGAGCUGAGUGGCUUUUAAAAAGAGUGAAGCCACAUUAUACAGCAGGAGUAUAAUUUGAGUAAAUUGCCUGCAGUUCAAUAUCCCUUUCCCCCAAUAUGUAUUUUCUCCUAAUCCAAUCCAAAAUACUGUUCUUAGAGGUGUAAAAUUACCAUUUCCAGAUUUUCAGUGGCCUUUAGCUUGGCAGCAUGUGAUGUUCAUUUCAACAUCUGAAAUUUUUAUGAUUCUCCCUCACGAAUCUUAAGGACAAAAUAACAAAAGGCUACGUUUAAAAAAAAAAAAAAAAAAAAAAAAGAAGUGCCAUGGCAUUGAUUCACAGAGGCUUCUUGAGUUUUCUCCUCCCACUGUUGCUGUAAUGCCCCCCUGCUCCCUCGAUGGCAAGGCAGGGUAGACUGCAUGCUGUGGUAUGACCUCAGUAGAAAUUUGUGAAUGUGUAGGAGCAUUAUUGCAAUUUUGUACUUAAUUGGACACUUUCCUUUGCCGCAUCUAGCUGAAGUCUCAUCCCCCUCCAUAGGUUCAAUCAAAGGUUAUAGAAGCCAUAUGUUUGUGUUGUCCAUUUUUGUUUUGGGAUGGCCACUUUGUCAGCUACACUCAGUUUUCUGUUCAGGGUGAGGAUUGGAGGCCCUCUCUCCGGCUCUGUUUAUGUUUCCCAAAAAAGGUCUCGAAGCCAGUUGUUUUCACUUUGAGCUGCUGUAGAGUAUAUCUGCAGAGGGGAAGCACAAUGACAUGACCUCCCUGAACAUACACUCAAAGUGGAAUCAGACAACUAUUUUUUUUUUUUUAGCUUUGUUGGUGUCAAAAAGACAACUGGAUCGCUUUCCGUUUCUCUCAGAGCACAGUAACUACCAAUAACACUGCAUUUUCCUUCCCCACAGUUACUUCAGUUGUUCCAUGGUCCAACAUUUCUGCCAUGGGGAUAGUAACUGCAGAUACUCUUUGGUAACAGAGGAUAGCCGCAAAACAGAAGCGCUGUCCUCUUCCUGUUUUGGUUGCACAAUGGUUGGUGCACUUCCUUUGUACCAAACAUUGUGCCUUUAUUUUCACAGGAGAUCGCACCUGGUGGCAGAUAGAAUUUCACAGUGAAAGCGAGGCUUAUAGGGAACCAAUCAUAAUACAGAUGGUGUCAUUAUUCUAUAGUCAAUAUAUUGUGCAGUCAACAAUUACUUCAUAGUGAUAAGUUAAAGCAAAAAACUUGUCUUUUUCCACUUUAAGAUGAAGAUCCUGCUCAUGUGUCUCGUUUGGACAGUUGCCUGAAUCCUGCUGAAGAGAUCUUUGUGUUUAACUGCAGAUUUUCUAUUAAAAUGCAUGAUUUUAGGUCAAAUCAAAAGUUAGCGAUGCAGAUCUCAAGGCAGGAUUUGGUCUAAUCUGUGACUGUGUGUGAGUGUGUAUUUCAUCUCCAAGGGCAAUGGUGCCUUUUGGACAAUUCAUGAUUUAAAGGGUAUUGAUAAUGUAGCAAUUUGACAAACACCAUGUAAAGAAAGGUCAAAUUUGAAUGUUUGGGAGUGGGAGUCAAUCUUGCUGUGUCUGUGAACAUGUGCGCUUGUCAAAUCCACGUGUGGACAGGUGUGUGCGUUGGGGGCAAGCUUGAGAUUAACGUAUUCAUGAAUCCUUUGCUCCUAAUCACUGCAUGUCAAUAGUGGUAAAAAUCAGUUCCGCCCUAAUCUCACUUCAUGGCAGUCAUUGGGUUUUCAUUUGUAGGCUAACUUACACACACCAUGACACAUACACACACACACACACACACACACACACACACACAAAGUGAUGACGGUGUUUCCUUGGAGAUGCACUGUGGCAGGUGAGAGAGUCUCUGUCUGCAGUCCAGUCCUCCCCUCUGCUGUCUCUACACACCUCUCUCCAUCGUCACCGCCUCCUUUUUAUCAUGCCAUCCACCGUUUAUUGCCUUUGGGUUUUUUUUUGUUCCCGUUUAUUUUUAAAACCAAAAUAUAUCAAAUAUAGGGAAACUUUAUUAUAAAGAGGGUGUUGCAUGAAUGUAUGUUUACAUGGGAAAUUAUGUGAAAAUAAAAAAAGACGAUUUAUCCAAAAAAAUAAAAGAAUAAAAAAUGCAAAGAUAAUUUAAGAACGUUGUUUGUAGAGAUUCCUAGUUAUAAAGGGCAGUGGACAGGGCUGCGUCUUUAGAAUCUGCCCUGCCAAAUCUGACUUAAAUCUCAGCCAACCAACUGCUCAAACCCCCCCAUCAAACCCAGCUGCCAUCUUCACCUUAUUUAGUCCCAUUAACCCCUCCCUCAGCGUGCAUUUAUACUCCCCAGUAAAUGAAAACGCACACCUCCAUCCUCGGUGCACCUAUAAAGGAGACCUCUUGACCUCAGUUACUAACGUCCUGGAUUUGUUUCCAAAGGAGAAGUGUCAGAUGCACUCUAUUAGCUUAUCGGGGAACUCCUCCCAUUCUCGUCCCUCUCUCCUGUCAUCUUCAUCCACCCUCAGCCUUUUUUUCUCCAAAGCAACAUUAUUAUUCUCUGUUCUGAAUGUGUGUUCUGUUUUUGAAUAUCUUGUUCGUGUGCAUUUACAAUAAGAUUAAAAUGCCUAAAGAGUGAAGCAGAAUUUAGGAUUGAAAUGAUCUUGUACUCCAUUCUGACCUCUUAGUUUAUUUUGUUUUUCUUGUCUUUUUUUCUUCUUCUGUUGACAUAUGAUGCUGUAAUGUUGGCAAAAAAGAAAGAUGUAAAAUCCUGUAUCAUUUAUGAAAUAUGUAUAAAAGAGAAAUGUAAUUCAAUUAUCAAUAAAAUCCUUAUCCAGUUUUUGGA